AUUGAAUUGACUGGAGCAAGAGUAGAAGAAAAUCUUCUAAUUGAUAAAAGUUCAGUGCACCAAAGAUUAUUAGUACAUUUUUGUGCAAAAGUUUCAAUAAAAACUUGUUUAUUUGUAAAUAAUUCAUUUCGUAGUCGAUUCAAUAAUAAACAUUUAAUAAAAUGUCGGGCAUUUCAAAUCUAUCGGCCAAUGAAAAAGGCGAAUUAAUGGAUCAGGUUAAACAACAAAUUGCCGUAGCAAAUGCACAGGAACUCUUGACGAAAAUGACUGAAAAAUGCUUCAACAAGUGCAUUAACAAACCCGGUGUAUCACUGGAUUCUUCGGAACAGAAAUGCAUUUCCAUGUGCAUGGAUCGGUUUAUGGACUCUUGGAAUUUAGUAUCACGUACUUAUGGCAGUCGUUUGCAGCGCGAACAAAAUAAAAACUAGAAUAAAACCUAAAUCCUACUUAAAUCCCUAAAACCUAAAUAGACCAUUAUUUUGUUGAUUGUUUUUUAAGAAUAUUUUACCUAUAUACAACAUAAAAAACAAACAAUUUUGUUUAGUUAAACAAAUAUUUUAAACAACUCAGAAAGUUUUACUACUAACGAUUUCUGAUUUAAUGCCAAUGACUUUAAGACAUUUCACAAAUAUAAAAGUUUAACGAAAUAAAUGUAUAAAAACAAAAAUUAAAAAAGAAA